GAGGUACAGGCAGCAGUAGGGGUUGCAGGCAGGGCAGGGAUUGCAGGCGGAGGUGCAAGCAACAAGAGGGACCCAAGCAGGGCAGAGGUGCAGGCAGGAGUGCAGGCAGCAGCAGGGACCCAAGCAGAGCAGGGAUUCAGGCAGAAGUGCAGGUAGUAGCAGGGGUUGCAGGCAGGGCAGGACUGCAGGCAGGAGCACAGGCAGCUGUAGGGCCUCAGGCAGGGCAAGACUGCAGGCAGAAGUGCAGGCAGCAGCAGAGCGUCAGGCAGGAGCGCAGGCAGCAGCAGGGUCCCAGUCAGGGCAGGGAAGCAGCAGGCAGAGUGCAGGCAGAAGCACAGGCAGCAGCAGAGCCUCAGGCAGGAGCGCAGGCAGCAGCAGGGCUCCAGGCAGGGCAGGGCUGCAGACAGAAGUGCAGGCAGCAGCAGGGCCUCAGGCAAGAGUGCAGGCAGCAGCAGGGUUCCAGGCAGGGCAGGACUGCAGGCAGAAGGGCAGGCAGCAGCAGGGCUUCAGGCAGGAGCACAGGCAGCAGCAGGGCCUCAGGCAGGGCAGGGAAGCAGCAGGCAGGGUGCAGGCAAGGCAGGCAGCAGCAGGCAGAGUGCAGGCAGGGCAGGGAAGCAGCAGGCAGGGUGCAGGCAAGGCAGGCAGCAGCAGGCAGAGUGCAGGCAGGGCAGGGAAGCAGCAGGCAGGGUGCAGGCAAGGCAGGCAGCAGCAGGCAGAGUGCAGGCAGCAGCAGCAGCAUGGCCAGCGGUGUCCGGCGGCAGCCCUGGGGCCGCUCCCUGCGCUCCGGGGGCCAGCUCUGAGCCGGAGCCUGCAGCCAUGGAAGGGUCCCCCGGGGGCGGCUACUCCCCGCACGCCGCCGCGGCCAUCGCCGCCACCAUCACCCUCCUGGCGCUCCUCACCGUGGCGGGCAACAGCCUGGUGGUCGUGGCCGUGCUCAGCAGCCCCUCGCUGCGGGCACCCCAGAACCUCUUCUUGGUGUCCUUGGCGGCCGCCGACAUCCUGGUGGCCACCCUGAUCAUCCCCUUCUCGCUGGCCAACGAGCUGCUGGGCUACUGGUACUUCCAGCGGGCAUGGUGCCAGCUCUACCUGGCUCUGGACGUGCUCUUCUGCACCUCCUCCAUCGUGCACCUCUGCGCCAUCAGCUUGGACCGCUACUGGUCGGUCAGCAGGGCCCCGGGGUACGGUGCCAGGCGCACCCUGCGCCGCGUCAAGUGUGGCAUCCUCCUGGUGUGGAGCAUCGCUGCCAUCAUCUCCCUCCCGCCGCUGCUCCACGAGGGCGAGAAGGAGGCAGCGCCCGGCGAGAGACCUCAGUGCAGGCUGAACGAGGAGGCCUGGUACGUCCUCUCCUCCAGCGUGGGCUCCUUCUUCGCCCCCUGCCUCAUCAUGGUCCUCGUCUACCUGCGCCUCUACCUGAUCGCCAAGCGCCGCCACCGCGCCCGCACCGCCGCCAGGGCACCGCCACCGAGCCGCAGCCCCCCGGCCAGCUGCCCGCCCGCUGACAGGACCUCCCUGCUGGGCAUCAAGGAGCCCCCAGCGUGCCCCAGUGGCGGGACAGAGCUGUGCCAGCAGCCCCGGGGAUGCCCCAGGGACACCUUAGCCACGGGCACCGGGCAGGUGGUGCUGGCGCCCGAACUGGGUGCGCUGAGCACUUGGAGGAGGAAGACUCAGCUCAACAGGGAGAAGAGGUUCACCUUCGUCCUGGCCGUGGUCAUCGGAGUCUUUGUGCUCUGCUGGUUCCCUUUCUUCUUCCUCUACAGCCUGGGUGCCCUCUGUGCCCGCUGCAAGGUGCCCCACGGCGUCUUCCAGUUCUUCUUCUGGGUCGGGUACUGCAACAGCUGCCUCAACCCCCUCCUCUACACCAUCUUCAACCGGGACUUCCGCGGCGCCUUCCGACGCCUGCUCUGCCGCCGCCGCCACCGCCCGGCGCUCACCGCCUGCUGAGGGCUCUGCCCGCCGCCUGCCGCCCUCCUCCUCCUCCUCCUCCUCCUCCUCCUGCUGGCUGUGCCCACCCCUGGGGUUUGCAGAUGGCUUUGAUGUCUUCCCCCUCAAAGCGACAACAGGGAGGGGUUGGGCACUUGCUGCUUUCUUUCUCUGCCAGGUGUCCCUGAGAGUUUGGUGUGGGAGAGGGAGGGAUGUGGCAUCAUGAAAGGGAUGUGGCAUCGUGAAAGGGAUGUGGCAUCAUGAAAGGGAUGUGCCACCAUGGAAUGGAUGUGCCACCAUGAAAGGAACAUGCCACCAGCAGAGGGAUGUGCCACCACCGAAGGGUUGUGCCACCAUGGAAUGGAUGUGCCACCAUGAAGGGAUGUGCCACCACCGAAGGGAUGUGCCACCAUGGAAUGGAUGUGCCACCAUGAAGGGGAUGUGCCACCAUGGAAUGGAUGUGCCACCAUGAAAGGGAUGUGCCACCACCAAAGGGAUGUGCCACCAGCAAAGGGAUGUGCCACCAUGAAAGGGAUGUGCCACCACCAAAGGGAUGUGCCACCAUGAAAGGGAUGUGGCACCAGCAAAGGUAUGUGCCACCAUGAAAGGGAUGUGCCACCAUGAAAGGGAUGUGCCACCAUGAAAGGGAUGUGGCACCAGCAAAGGUAUGUGGCAUCAUGAAAGGGAUGUGCCACCAUGAAAGGGAUGUGCCACCAGCAAAGGUAUGUGGCAUCAUGAAAGGGAUGUGCCACCACCAAAGGGAUGUGCCACCAUGAAAGGAACAUGCCACCAGCAGAGGGAUGUGCCACCAUGAAAGGAACAUGCCACCAGCAGAGGGAUGUGCCACCGUGAAGGUGAUGUGCCACCAUGGAAUGGAUGUGCCACCACGACAGGGAUGUGCCACCACCAAAGGGACACACCACCACCAAAAGGAGAUGCCAGCACCAAAGGGACGUGCCCCCCUGCCAUCAGCCCUGUCCCCAAGCCCGGUGGCAUCCCAGCGAGUGCCCCCCAGAAGGUGGCACCACUGCAGCCU